AUGUCCAAAGUCUACGUCAACGAGAAAAGCGGAAGUGACUCUGAGUCGGCAGGCUCGCAAGAGCUGCCUUACCAGACCCCAGCUUACGCUUUGUACAAAUCUCCGGAGGCUCAGAUCCUCGUUUACAAGCAGAAAGAAGGCUCUGAUGAGUUUGAGUACGCUGAAAUAUCCGCUUCUGCGUUAAAAAAGGCCAAGAAGGGCGCCGAUGGCCUCGCUAAGAAAGCACAGAAACAGGCAAAGCAGGCUGAAGAGCAGAAGCUCAGAGAUCAGGAGGCUGCAAAAAAAUUGGCAGAGUUGGACUUGAUCAAGAUUGUCGAGGAUGAGUCAUUGCCUAAAGCCAAGAAGAUCAAGUUGAGAUCAAUACAAGAAAACGUCAACCAGCGUGUUACUGUCUCUGGUUGGGUGCACAGAUUUAGAUCACAAAAGGGCGUUGCCUUCAUCACGUUGAGAGAUGGUACCGGAUACUUGCAGACGGUGUUAACUGGCGACUUAGCCAAGGCCAGAAUUACGCAAGAAUUGACCUUGGAGUCCACCGUGAUCAUCAAAGGUGUCAUUGAAAAAUUGCCAGAGGGUAAGUCUGCCCCAGGCGGUGUUGAAUUGAAGGCUGACUACUACGAGGUGUGUGGCUUGGCUCCAUCUGGUGAAGAUGCCUUCACCAACAAGGUCCAGGAGGGCGCGGACCCAUCUUUGUUGUUGGACCAAAGACAUUUGACCUUGAGAGGUGAGACCUUGUCGAGUGUCAUGAGAGUCAGAGCUGCUCUCCUUGGUUACGUAAGAAAAUUCUACGAGCAGGAAGGCAUCUUGGAAGUUACCCCUCCAUGCAUGGUACAGAGCCAAGUCGAAGGUGGCUCUACCUUGUUUAAGUUGGACUACUAUGGUGAAGAGGCAUACAUGACCCAGUCAUCUCAGUUGUAUUUGGAGACCUGUUUACCUGCUCUUGGAGAUGUCUACUGUGUCCAGGAGUCUUUCCGUGCUGAAAAGUCCCACACCAGAAGACACUUGUCCGAAUACACACACAUCGAGGCCGAGCUUGCAUUUUUGACAUUUGACGAGAUGUUGGACCACUUGGAGAAGCUUUUUGUCACGGUGGUAAACAACCUCUUGGAGGACUCAGUUUGUGGUCCUUUGAUCAAGAAGUUGAACCCUAACUUCAAGCCUCCAACGCAACCUUUCAAGAGAAUGCAGUACGUGGAAGCCUUGGAGUGGUUGAAUGAACACGGCAUUCCUAACGAAGAGGGCGAGAAGUUCAAGUUUGGUGAUGACAUUGCCGAGGCCGCUGAGCGUAAAAUGACUGACACUUUGAACGUGCCAAUCUUGUUGACCCGUUUCCCAGUUGAAAUCAAGUCUUUCUACAUGAAGAAAUGUGCUGACGACCCAAGAGUGACCGAGUCCGUCGAUGUGUUGAUGCCUAACGUCGGUGAGAUUACCGGUGGCUCGAUGAGAAUUGAUGAUUACGACGAGUUGAUGGCCGCCAUCAAGAGAGAGAACCUCGAUCCUGCUGUGUACUACUGGUUCACCGACCUCAGGAAAUACGGUACUUGCCCCCACGGAGGUUACGGCUUGGGUACCGAGAGAAUUUUGGCGUGGUUGUUGGACAGAUACACUGUUAGAGACUGCUCCUUGUACCCUAGAUUCACCGGUAGAUGCAAGCCAUAG